UCGCGUUCGCUCCGAGGCGGCGCGCGCUGUUGGUCCUCGCUGGCUCCGUUUACCUGAGAGACCCGUGGCCGCCCCGGGCCGGCGCUGCAGCCCCUUUGGAGCCCGGCCCCGAGGUGUGAGUUCGUUGUUGGUGUACGGAAACACAACUGAUUUUUGUAUAUUGUUUUGUAUCCUGCAACUUUACGGAACUCAUCAAAGACUUUAGUAUCAAGACUACAAUAUUUUGAGAGGAAAUUACUGAUAUCUCCCAUUAAAAAAAGUACUUUUCAGAUAUUUCAGUCAAAGGAAGAAAUAGCUCUUCUCCUAAGAUGGAAUCUGUUGUUUGGGAAUGUGGUUGAUCAACUUGAUAUGUUGGCCAAAUGUGCCCUAUGUAAUAAAAUGAAAAGAAGAGACAAGAUGAUGUCAUUUUCCCAUAUUGUGAAACCAAAAACAAAUGCCUUUUGUGAGACCAAGCUAACAAACCUCUGACGGUGCAAAGAGUAUUUAACUGUUUGAAGAACUUAACAGUAAGAUAUAGAAGAAAUACUUUCAAGCUGAGACCUGCAGGUGUAUAAAGAUCUAAAAUACAUAUUGAGUAGGCCUGAUCAUCCAAAUCUCAUUCAGAUCCAGGAAGGAUGGCUGUGGGUUGGAUCGUCUUCUACUUUUGGCCCUUGACUAUGUUUGUGGGACAUAUAGGUGGGCACAGUUUGUUUUCUUGUGAACCCAUUACCUUGAGGAUGUGCCAAGAUUUGCCUUAUAAUACUACCUUCAUGCCUAAUCUUCUGAAUCACUAUGACCAACAGACAGCAGCUUUAGCAAUGGAGCCAUUCCACCCAAUGGUGAAUCUGGAUUGUUCUCGGGAUUUUCGGCCAUUUCUUUGUGCACUCUAUGCUCCUAUUUGUAUGGAAUAUGGACGUGUCACACUUCCCUGUCGUAGGCUGUGUCAGCGGGCUUACAGUGAGUGUUCGGAGCUCAUGGAGAUGUUUGGUGUUCCUUGGCCUGAAGAUAUGGAAUGCAGUAGGUUCCCAGAUUGUGAUGAGCCAUAUCCUCGACUUGUGGAUCUGAAUUUAGCUGGUGAUCCUACUGAAGGAGCUCCAGUGGCAGUGCAGAGGGACUAUGGUUUUUGGUGUCCUCGAGAGUUGAAAAUUGAUCCUGAUCUUGGUUAUUCUUUUUUACACGUGCGUGAUUGUUCACCUCCUUGUCCAAAUAUGUACUUUAGGAGAGAAGAACUUUCAUUUGCUCGAUACUUCAUAGGAUUGAUUUCAAUCAUUUGCCUCUCUGCCACGUUGUUUACUUUUUUAACUUUUUUAAUUGAUGUCACAAGAUUCCGUUAUCCUGAAAGACCUAUUAUAUUUUAUGCUGUCUGCUACAUGAUGGUAUCAUUAAUUUUCUUCAUUGGGUUUUUGCUUGAAGACCGAGUAGCCUGCAAUGCAUCUAGCCCUGCACAGUAUAAGGCUUCCACAGUGACACAAGGAUCUCAUAAUAAAGCCUGUACCAUGCUUUUUAUGGUACUCUAUUUUUUUACUAUGGCUGGCAGUGUUUGGUGGGUAAUUCUUACCAUCACAUGGUUCUUGGCAGCUGUGCCAAAGUGGGGUAGUGAAGCUAUUGAGAAGAAAGCUUUGCUAUUUCACGCCAGUGCGUGGGGCAUCCCUGGAACUCUAACUAUCAUCCUUUUAGCGAUGAAUAAAAUUGAAGGUGACAAUAUCAGUGGCGUGUGUUUUGUUGGCCUCUACGAUGUUGAUGCAUUGAGAUAUUUUGUUCUUGCUCCCCUCUGCCUGUAUGUGGUAGUUGGAGUUUCUCUCCUCUUAGCUGGCAUUAUAUCCCUAAACAGAGUUCGAAUUGAAAUUCCAUUAGAAAAGGAGAACCAAGAUAAGUUGGUGAAGUUUAUGAUCCGGAUUGGUGUUUUCAGCAUUCUUUAUCUCGUACCACUCUUGGUUGUAAUUGGAUGCUACUUUUAUGAACAAGCUUACCGUGGCAUCUGGGAAACAACAUGGAUACAAGAACGCUGCAGAGAAUAUCACAUUCCAUGUCCAUAUCAGGUUACUCAAAUGAGUCGUCCAGACCUGAUUCUCUUUCUGAUGAAAUACCUGAUGGCUCUCAUAGUUGGUAUUCCCUCCAUUUUUUGGGUUGGAAGCAAAAAGACAUGCUUUGAAUGGGCCAGUUUUUUUCAUGGUCAUAGGAAAAAAGAGAUAGUGAAUGAGAGCCGACAGGUACUACAGGAACCUGAUUUUGCUCAGUCUCUUCUGAGGGAUCCAAAUACUCCUAUUAUAAGAAAAUCAAGAGGAACUUCCACUCAAGGAACAUCCACACAUGCUUCUUCAACUCAGCUUGCUAUGGUGGAUGAUCAGAGAAGCAAAGCAGGGAGUGUCCACAGCAAAGUAAGCAGCUACCAUGGCAGUCUCCACAGAUCCCGUGAUGGCAGGUACACUCCCUGCAGUUACAGAGGAAUGGAAGAGAGACUACCUCACGGCAGCAUGUCACGACUGACGGAUCACUCGAGGCACAGUAGCUCUCACCGGCUCAAUGAACAGUCCCGACAUAGCAGCAUCAGAGACCUCAGUAAUAAUCCCAUGACUCACAUCACCCACGGUACCAGCAUGAAUCGGGUUAUUGAAGAAGAUGGAACCAGUGCUUAAAUUGUCCGAAGGUGGAAAACUUGCGCUAUUUAAAAAGCAGACUUUAUUCUUUGCCUUUGCUUGACUGAUUGCUGUAACUCACUGUUAUCAUGCUUUCAGUCAGGUGCAGAUUGUGUCCAUUGGAAAAGUAAACUUUUACUUUUUAUAUUGCAUCAAACUUGGAACAUCAAGGCAUCAAAAAUGCUAAUAAUUAUAUCAUCACAUAAAUAAUUCUUAUUUCUAGGUUAUGAAGAGAUAAUUAUUUGUCUGGUAAGCAUUUUUAUAAACCCACUUAUUUUAUAUUUAGAAAAACCCUAAAUGUGUGGUGACUGCUUUGUAGUGAACUUUCAUAUGAUAUCAACUAGUUGUGAGAUAACAUUCUGGUAGUUGUAUUAAUAAAACAAAAUUUCAGAAUUAAGGAAAUUUUCUAUGCAAGGCUUAUUUCUCAGAUGAAUAGUUGGACUUUGUAGUUUUCUUUCCACUAAGUAAAGAAGAACUAUGUUUUUAAACUGUCGGAGAAGUUGAUAAAUCAGCAAGGGUAUUUUAGCUAAUAGGAUAUAAGAUCAGCGGAAGAAUCUGAAUAGUCUACUGAAGGCUCUUUAAAAAUUCUAUCAAAAUAAUCUUCAUCCAGAGACAUACAGGAUUAGGAUUUGCAAUGGAAUAAAAGGUGGAGAUGGACAUUUUUUCUCUAUAAUUGUGCUCUUUAUUACUUUUGUAAAUAUUACUUUUACUGGCUAUGUUUUUAUAACUUAACCAUAUGCAUGGUGGAAGAAGUUUAAUUUGUAGUCAUCUUUUCCCAUGUAGUAGUAUUGAUUCACAGAGAACUUCAUGUUCAGAUCUGUACCAUGGAGGCAUGUAAUAAGAGAAACAUCACACAUUAUAAACUUUUUUGUGGGAAUCACAAUUACAAAAUGACAAAAUGUUUUCUCUAUAUUCUUUGUUGUAUUUUUCUACAGUGAGAUGUGAUCUUGCCAAAGCCACCAGAUCGUGGUACCCAGGCCCCUCCUAUCAGUGACUUGAUUGUCUGCAUUUGCAUUGCCCAGUAGCCAUUAGGCUACAGCUUUUUGCCCCACGUUCUUGUUUUCAGAUUCUGGACCUUUUUUUUUUUACAGUUGAAAUAUAUAUAACCUAAGUCCAAAGUGGUGAUUGAGGUAUUUGAAAAUCAUUGUAACUAAAUGAAGCAUGAUUAGUCUUGCUGUGAAGUAUAAUAUUUAGUCUUACCAAUAUCAAUUCAAAAAUGUUUGACAUUUUGUCGUGUACUGUUUAAACAAUUUACAAUAAAAACUGCAAACUUUAUUAGGCAUGAAAUUGCUUAGAAGGGAAAGAAAAAUUGUGGAAAAUGCUGGAUGUGUUUUAUAGAAAAGCGUAUUUAAACAAGUGGUCCUCAGCCCUGACUAUAGAUAAGAAUCCCUUGCGGAACUUCUGAUGCUCAACACCUUCCUCUCAUUCAGAGGAGAAUUAGUAGUUUUUUUUAAAAAGCUUUCUAGGUGAUUCUGAUCUGCAGCCAGGCUGCAGGCUGUUUAAAACUAACUUGCCGCCUGAUAAUGAGCUGAUGGCAUCAUAUUAUAUCACAUAAAUAUCUAGCUGGACUCAAUGUUGUGCUUUUGUAUCAUUACCUGAUAUACAACUUUUCUUCAUUUUAUUGUCCAUUAUAAAUGUGGAAUUUGGGGCCCCACCCCUAAAGAUUCAUAUUCAGUAAGUAAAGUCCAAUUUUAAAGUCUGUAGUUCUAAAAAUACUACAGGUGAUUCUUAAUGCAGGUAAUCCAAGAAUCACACUUCGGAAAAUAUUCCAAGACUCUAGAGAGGCCUGGCUUUGUCAUACGCCAGUUUUGUCACCUUUAACAAGUAAAUUUCUCUGAGCCUCAGUUCCCUUGUUUAUAAAUGAAGAUAGAAAAUAAGUACUUACCUCACAAAGUUGUCAAAUGGGGAUCACAUGAAAAAUCAUAUGAAAGCUUUUUGAAAACUGUAAAGCAUUAUGAAAUAUAAGGGAUUAAGAUUAUUAAGGAUUUAAGAGAUUUGUUUGAGGGCUACUGUAGUACAUUCCUUGACAUGUGUUUAAUUCAUGUGUACUUUUUUCCUCUCCUUUAAAAUAAAAAAUACCAAGAAAUUAGGUGUUGAAAAAAAAGGCUUUCAUCAAGUGCAAAAAUCAGUUUUCUGAUAAUUUGUAUGUCAUAUUUUUUCAAAGUACAUAUGUCUUAUUGUUUAUGAUUAGCUCUUUAUAGAACAUAUUUGAACAUUUAGCCCCAAAGCAUUUUUCUUUUUCCUCUGUCUUCAUCGUCUUUCUCCUUGGAACUGGAGUUAGUACUAGACAGGCAGACUCUAAUUUCCCUCAUAACUGACAAUUAGUAAACCUUUCCUCUGAAGGCCAAAUUUACAACAACUCAUUUAUGCAGUAACUUAGUAAUUCAUAAGGCUUUUUUUCUGAGAAUCUCCCCUGAGAACAGCAUGAGGGGACCAAAACAAACAUUCAGAAACAAAAAUAAGUUAAAAUAGAAGGUACCAGUUUGAGCUCAAAGAUGUUGUCAUCCAUCGCCAUCUGCAUUAUAUUAUCAAUUGCCAGAAUGUUAAUUGAUUUUCUUGUACAAGUAGGCCAAGUGUAGACAGUUAUGAAUAUCUUAACUUUGUGCUCCCUAUUUUUUAUAUAUGCAUUUUAUCUUCUUUGUUAAACUCACUGUCAGCAUAUAUGUAAAUGCUGUGUUGACAUUUCAGUUACUUUAAGUAUCUUAAUUUUGCUCCACAAAAUUUAUUUAAUAUCAUCAAUGCAUCGUUUUAGAUACAGUAUUUAGUUCGGGUCAUGUUAUUUAUCAAACUGGUGUUUUAAAUUAAGAAUUUUUUUUUAAGAAACAGUUAAAGAACUAUGGCAAACCAGCAAUUUCAAAGUCUCAGUUCCUUUAAACCAACUUGAACAAGUUGGGACAGCUUUCUUACCAUCUGUUUAACUUUAAUUUGUGUUUUGAUUGGCAUGUGAUAAUGUUUAGUAUUUUAUUUAUACAGCUGACAACUGAGAAAAUAAUAGUUCUCUCUAAAAUGUUAAUAUAUAAUCAAGAGGCUUUCAAAAAGUACUUCGAUUUCACCAAUACUGUUUAAUUUGUUCAAUAAUUAAAGCAAAAGAUAAUAUUAAGCUCAAAACAAUAAUUGGUUUCAAAGAAAAAUUGAUUAAUCACAACUACAAAGUGCUUAGUAUAUAGUAGGUUUUUCAAUAAAUAUUUAUGAAUGAACAACACAUGUCAUAAAACUCACUUUUAGCCUUAGUAGUGAGAUUCUCACCUCAAAGGAAUUUGAAGGAUCUAAAUUUAAAUUGAGUGAAAUGAAGUCUCUGCUUUACCAGAAUAACAUGUGGCAAGUAAUAAAUACGUAACUUGCGCAAGAAAUAUAUACACAAACUUGUACCAACACUUUAUUAAUUUUAAAAGGUGAAUAGCAAUUCUUAGAAGUAUUUAAGCUCUUGUUGGUUUUAUGUUAAGUUAGAUCUUUGUAGACUAGUUGGGUAAAUGAACAUUCAAGCAAACCUUUAUUAGUAAUGAUUUUCAGCUUCUUAGAGCAGAUGUAUGAAAAUUCUAAGAAUCUCUUUAAUUUAGAAAAAAUUUACUACGUUUUAGCCUACCUCAUUAGUUUCUUUGUGAUAAGAGCUGGAUAUAACAAGUUGUAACUAUCUUGGUGGGGCUAUAUCCCUGUGAUAUAAAAGGAACUACUUAAAAAAAAAAUUUUAGUGGAUCAUUGGCCAGAGCUUAGAAAACAGUAACAUACCAAAAUUUCAUUAUGAUGAUAUUUAUACUGCUUUUGACAUGCCAAAGCUAUAUUUACAUAUUAUCACUUGGAUGACUUACAUAGUCUAGUGCAAUGAAAAUUCCAUUAGGCUUGGAAUUCAAAGACCCAUAAUUAUGAUGUGAGCUGGACAGGUCAUUUAGUCUCCCAUUUCUUCAGUCUAAAAUGAGGAUAAGGUAAUUUUUGGUCCCCAAACCUACCUCACUGGACUUUGGUUGUAAGGAUCAAAUGAGAUAACAUGUGUAAUCGUGCUCUGUAACCUGUAAAUGGCUCUACGGAUAUUAUUUGUUUUUGUUAGAACUUGGGGGUUAUAGAAAACAAGGAUAUGGUCUUCAGUAGUAUUUAGCAGCAACAACAAAGUAGGCAAUUAGACCAUUAUUCGUUUGGUAUAAUCUUUGAGUCAACAAUUCAAUUAACCUUUUAAAAAUGAGGUUCUUUUUCAAGAGUAGCUAUGCCCUUAAACUGUGUUAGCUGUUUAAUAUAUGUAUAACAGAGCAUGAUCUCAAAUUUAUACAGUUAAAUUUGUAGGUCACUCUCAACAGGAAUUUGGGGAUCUCCAUUAUAUUUUUCUUCUGAUAUGAAAUUAAAUAAAUUGACUCCAUUGAAACUUACAAGAAAAAUAUAAACAGUAUAGACCCUAUAACUUUUUUUCCUUUGAGGACUUUCAUGUGCCUAAUUCUUUCUGAUUAAGAACAAAUUUUAAAAAGUUAAUAACCAUAACUUGAUAUUCAUCAUGGCAAAACUUUAAAUUUUAAGUUGUAACAUUAUCUUAAUUGUCUGUUUGUAUAUAUAAUUUUUUAAACCUACAUAAAGUAAGGAUUUCGCCAUUCUUUUCCACACAUCAACACACAAAAGAGCAUUUUUAUGGAACCUAGAUUUACAAAGGAAUUCAUGAUUCUUCUAAACUUAUGCCUUUUCAGAUUAAAAUAAAGUGUUUGUAUUCAAUCCAUUUGUUUCCCAGUAGCCGCAUUUAUACAUUAUUCUUAAGUCACUUCUGUUUUAUAUGAAAAGAAUUACAUUGACAUCUCUUCAUAAUUUAGUUUUUUUUGCUCCAGUGAUAUGAGGGGGAAAGGAAUAGGAGGACUAAGCAACCUUACCCUUUAUCUGACUGUACACAGUCUCCUGGGAUUUUUUUCUAAUUUUAAUCCUGUAUUUCUUUAAUAGUCAAACUGAUACAGGAUUAUAAUUUUCUCCCAAGAUCCAGAAUCUUCUAGGAAAGAAAAUGUUAUGGCCCACCUAAAACCAGCCAUUUCUUGGACAUUCCCAUUUGGUUGAUUUGCAGAUUUAAUAUAAUAAGUUAAUAGUUAUUCCAUGAUCUCUAAUUAGAAAAUAAAAUUUUGUUGCCAUAAAGAUAAAAGAAAGUAAAGUGUCACUUUAUAUUUUAGUCAAAUCCCACACUGAUACAUUACUUCCUACAAAAGAGAGUAGUUCAGUCUUUUUAAAUGCAUUAAAGAAUAGUUCCCUUCAGAUUAUCUUUUUUAAAUGAUCAUUUAUCUCAGGACAUCUAUUGUGUCCUUUCUUGGACAUUUUCAUUGGUAUGCUAGCAUUGCUCUUAAUUUAUUCUCAUUUUAUUGGCUACUGUCACCAGUUUUCCCUGAUAAAUAAGUUUUUUACUUUGUAAUAAUUCAGAAUUUGAAGAUUCAGUGUUCUAUUGUGGUAAUUACCAUUUACUAGUAACUUUAGUAUUUAUAAGACAAUGAUAUUUUUCAGUUUGUUAUUUUAUCAUAUUUCCUGAAGUAGGGUGAACUACUUUAUUAUUAUUGUUGUAGCAGCCCUAAGGUUUUUGUUAUAUAAUAAGUCAGCUUGUGUAUAUUGCUAACUUGCAAAUAUUUCUUUGUGUUGUGCUUAUUGACUUAAAAGAAAAACUUUAGAGCUUCAUAAUUUCUGUUUUCUGAAUUGGCAGAUUUCUUUCCCUAAUGCUUAGUACCAAUGCAUUAUGUUAUUUUUUAAAUACCACAGAAUUUUGAGUCAGGAGACCUGAUUUCUAGUAUUGCCUCUGUUUUCAAUGAGCUUUGUAACUUUGAAAUUUUACCUCUUGGGACCUCAGGUUUUCUCAUCUGUAAAUGAAAGAAAACAAGGGGCUUAGAUUAGGUAGUGUUUCAAAUUCCACCUGCCUGUAAUUUGGUUGUCCCUUACCAUUUUGUAGUCAUUAUUCUGGCUUACUUUUAUCCUUGUUAUUCUUCCCAUGAACUAUAUUUACUAGGUCAGCCUGUACUGUUAAUGCAAUCUAUACUUAAAUUGUUAGGAUUCAGAUAUAUUAUUAACUUGUUUUCCAGUUAUGAUUUUGAGUAAUUUUAAGGAGGAAAUUAUAUUACAGAUAAUAAAUGUUUAAAGAAAUAAAAGUGAAAGAAAGGUUACAAAUAAUUGACAUGAUCUUUUUUUUCCCCAUAGGAAAAGUCUCCUAAAGCACCAACAUAAGCACCUUAAAACUGAUAUACAGGAGAAAAAUGACAUAAAAUUUUGUGGUGUUUGUUCUCUUAAAUAUGAAUAUAGCUAGUUAGCCUAAACUUUAAACAAAAUGUAUUCAUGAUAAAAUUAGUGAACAAAGCAGUGACAGCACUGGCCCAUAUAGCUAAUUUAAAAGCCCUCAGGUUUUACCAACAUUACAAUGAUUAUAAAAUGUAAAAGUCAUUUCAGAGGAGUGGAUUGAAAUUUUUCUGCUCAAUAAUUAUUCUUAAAAUGUUCUUAGAUUCAUUGAAUAAGUAUAGUUGCCAGAUUGCCAUGAGCAAUGUCCUGCUCUAAAUUAUUAGAGAUAAAUGUGGUUAUUUUUAAUUUUUUUUCUGGCUAUGCAGAAGAUGUUUUCAUAAAGCCUCCUUAACUAUCUAAUAGGAUGUAGAGAUUCCAUUAGUACCAUCUCUCAGCAGAGUUCUCUUGUACAUUUGUGUUCUCUGAGAACCAGGCCAAGGAGGUUCCUGUUACUUUUAAAGAUCUUUGUCUUUCGCUGAUUAUCUGCAUUAGCUCAUAUCAACCUAUUGAACACAUUGGUCUAUAGAUUUAUAAUCAAGGUAUUGGGUUUGGUGUCUGAUGGGUAGGGAAGAAUAAUGGAAAGUUGAUGUAGGAAAAUGUACUGGUUUCUGAUGUGUUCUUUGGCUAUGCUUGAUUCCUUGUCUUUGGUCAGUUCACUGUAUCAGAUAACUUUCCUGGCUUCCAGAAAUUAAAUUAGAUGACCAGGUUCUCUCAUUUAGGCAUAGCUAUGUUACAAUAUUAUUUUGUAAUUGCCUGUAAAGGAAAAAAAAAAACAAACCUCUAUUUUCAGUUCUCUGGCUCUGCAUGUUUUGUUACUACAUUUGUUAAACUUGAAUCUGAGGUCCCAACAUUUCAUUGAAGAUUUUCUGGGUUUCGAUAAUGGGAGAUUCUGUAAGAUAAAGCAGAUAAUCCUAGCGUGAUUUAAUUUGUAUUUAUCCAUCCACCAUUUUUCUAUUUCUCUAACUACUUCUCCCCUCCCCAGUUUUGAAAAGAACAUUUAUAAUUGUCUUCCUUUACUCCCUUAGCCCUGCCUCAGAUAAUUUUUCCCUGAACUACUCCUGUCGGCAGAAACAUUUAAUAAGAAAUAAUUCUAUAUUUCUGGGAUAAAAUCAACACAAGUUCUUUACAUUGAACUGAGGUGAAUAUGUACUUGAAAAUACUGUAUUUUCUUUAUAUGUGAACUUAAAAUUAUUUUUUUUAAUCAUAAAAAGGAUUCUCUCAUUUUGAAAAUAUUAGUCUGGAAGUUCUCUUGUCAUCAGGUGCUAUCUCGGCCUUUGCUGUGAGUUAUCAGAGUAAAUCUGAAUUCUUUAUCAUUCAUCUUUUUAAAAAAAAAUUAACUUCUCUAGAAUUAUUCCAUUUCACAUAUCUUUAACACCAACUUCAACUUUUCUGCUUUUUUUCAAAUGCAAAAUUUUAUUUUUGAGAGUUUUAUUUUUUCAUUGAAGUUUCAAAGUAUUACAUAUUGUGAAGGAGUGACUGCAGUUUAGACAUUUACUUUGGUACGAUAAAGAUAUUACCACCACCAUUGAUUUCCCCAGCCCCAAAAAGAGAAGUUCAUUUGACACUCAAAAGCUAUUAAAUUGUCUUAUUUUUGUUAUUUGAAAGAGCUAUGGAAACUGUUUCUUCUAAUUUAAAAUUGUUUAACUUAGAAAAUACUGACUUUGCUGUAUUUUAAUCUGAUAGUGAAUUUAGGGGAUUAUUUAUAUAAAUAUAUGUGUCUAUAAUUAAUAAUAGCUAUUAGUUAUUUCACUGUCUAUAAUAUGUGAUACCUGAAGCUCACUUUUACUUAAUGUGAGCUUGUAUGUGUGUGUGUGUGUGUGAGAGCCUUUGUUUUGUCUUGUUUUCUUAGUGUAUAUUAGGUUAUUAUGGUCAUCUCAGCAGAAAACCCUUUGUAGAUGGCCUGAUUCUCAGAAAAAAACAGUUUAAGGAGAUAUAUACUGUCAUCAUAGUUGAAUAGUAUUAUUCUGAACUCUGUGAAAUUGCUGGUUUUGUUUGUCAAAAGUGAUCAAAUGUUUGCAAUUUCAUAAUACAUAUUCAAGAAAGAAGCAAACAAUCUUUUAGAACAAGUAUAUUGACUUCCCAUUCCAACUCCUCUUAUCAACCUAUCAGUGACUUUAUGAAGGAGAUGCAAACUGUAGAUAACCACAGGAAAUUUCUGCUUUGUUUUGUAGUUAAAUUGCUUAGUUUUAAAGAUAUUUAAACAAAAUGAUUGUAGUAAUUGAAGCAGAUACCUUUUGGGAAUAUGUAAGUUACAUAAAAACUUUCAGAUCCCAGGAGAUUAUCAUAUAUCAAUUGAUUAGUCUGUAAAUAUCAUUUAGAGGCAAAAUAAGUACCCCCCCACACACACACACACAAUGUGUACAAUGAACUCAAAUUUUGCUAGCCAUAGAAUUUCACCUUCUUGGUAGGCCUUCUAAAAUAAUGAAUACUGUUGAAUAUACUAAAAGUAUAUGAAUUUAAAAAUGCAUGUAAAAAAUACGAAGCUCCUCCACAGGAAACUCAGAAUUUUAGAAGAGCUAUUAUCUUAGAGGUUGUAAAUUGGAUUGUUCUAAGCUCACACUACUUCUCUUCAUAUAAAUAUUAUUAUUAUGAAUAAUAAGGGCAACAGAUUAGCCAACAAGAGCUGAUCUAGUGUACUCCAUAUUAAUCUAGAUGUCUCAGUUUUAGAUAUACUUUUAUAGUGGAGAAAGUUGAUUUGGAUCUCUCAAUAACUGCUUGGUACACUUCUUUCUAGUGAUACCCUGAGCCCUGCCCAGGUACAUACUCUCUCCAUCUGGCCUAUUCCUCAAAUGCUACAUUGCUCAAGACCUUCCUACCUGCCUUCUAUCCCUAGUUUUCCUUAUCAAUACUUCUGAAGUAUAAUCUAUCUUCAAGUGUUAAGAAGAAGGAAAUUUGCUUUAAUUCAUGUUCAAGUGUUAGUGACUAUAGCCCUUUUAUUCCUCUUAAAGAUAAAUCUGCAUUAAAGACAAACACAUUGCUAUUAACACAAAUUACUAUCAGUUAGAAUAUUAAGCUUUUGAGGCAAGAAAUACCAUUAAGUGACCUAACUUGGGAAUCUCUUUCUCUUUCCCUGAACCCAUGUGAUGUCUGAAAGUGCUGUAUAUCUUCAGUGACCUUGAGGAGGGGAGCUAGUCAUUUAGAUCUUUGAGUCAUUGAAGUCAGGGCCUUGCUGAUCCUCUGUUUUUCAGUUCAAGAGCUACAUCAGAAGCAUUUUAGAUAUCCAUCACGCACACUCUUUUAAGACUUUGUAUUUCAGUCUCAGUUUUUUCUACCAUCCAGCUAGGCCUAUCUAUCUUCCAUCUCUGCUCAUUUAGUAUAGAAAAAUAUCUUUCCUCAUUUUACUAUUAACAUGACCACCACCUCCUCCUCUUUUCAAGAGAUACAAAGGUAGAAACAAUAUGCCUUUUUCAUUAUUUAAAAAAACUAUCAUUUUUAAACACCUGGCACUUGGCAAUUUAGUUUUCAAAUGGUAUUCUGAAUUAAAUUGAUAAGGUGAUUCUAAAAUUGAUUCUAAAAUCUUAAUCUUGCUUUUAUCAUAUAAGCAUCUAGUUAGAAAGUGUUUAUGCUAAAGACUUGUAUUUUGUGGCAUUAGUUCUUCAUGUUUCUUUUUUAUGUAUUUAAAAUUGUUCAUUCAUUUCCGAGUGAGUGGGAAAGUUACUGUUGUUGAGAUAUGUAUAGGGCAAGUGCACUUGAUUAGAGCAUGAACUGUACUUUCACAUUAGCUGGAUGUGCUUUGCACUCUGCUCUUGUAGAUUUAUUUUGUUUACAGUAGACUGAUGUCAGUUUUUGUAAAUGUUUUUACUUAGCACUUUAACUGUGAGUGUACAAACUGAUUUUAAAUGUAGUGGUUGUAUAUUUUGGUUAUAAAUUGGAAAUUUUUAAUAAAAUUAAAUAAUUUGUUC